GAGAUCAAAUUCAAACCCCUCGAGCUCUAGAUGCUUCCAGAAGUUUCGAGACGCCGCUCCCUCGAGAUGGCGCCGGGCCCCUCCGCGCCUCCCCGCGGCGAGCGCUGCCCCGUGUGCCGCGGCGCCGACUUCUCCGUCCCUCACCAGGCCAACUGCUCCCACUGGUUCUGCGGACAUUGCAUUGUGGGUCUCUGGCUACAUGGAUCUGUCCUCCGGCCAUCUGAUUGCCCUGUUUGCCGUCGCCCCAUAACUCUGCUGGUACCUUCUGAAGUUGCUUCCCUGCUGCGUGAUGAACCAGAAAUCGCUCCUGUUAUGAACCGAAUCAAGCAGUACAAUGGCCAUUUUGCUGGAGCUCCUCACAGUGUGGUUCAGUGGUUGCUGGACCAGCCCUUUUACAUCCGGAGGAUGCUGGCAGAAUUCAGAGACACGUGCCAAGGACCUCCCUUGUUCUUGAAAGUCCGAGUCACACUGGCAGUAGCCCUCUCUCUGCUGUACCUCCUGAGCCCUAUCGACAUUCUUCCUGAAGGUGCCUUGGGAUGCCGUGGUCUGGUGGAUGACAUGCUGGUGUUCGUCGCCGCUUACGCCUACGUCUCCGCUGCCUACCGGGCCAUCCUCGUUGCUCGACAUGCUGCGUGAAUUGGUCGGUACAUCUGAGGUUGAGAUCUGCUUAACUGGUGGGUAUAGCUGUGAUAUAUAGCGACUAGGGAUCAGUGAUAUAUUUCCGGCAGCAAUCUAGAUGUGGUAGACGUUACGUACCAACCGAUGACUCAUGUUACAGUGCUGGGUUAAGGAGAACCACGGGGCAAUGUUUGGGUCAGAAUUGAGAUAGCGCGUGCAUGUAGUGUCUGUGUUUUCUGAAUGAUGAGCUGACACUGCCGAGUUCAGCGCAGCUACAAGACGCUUGCUGCAGUCGUUUGCUGUUCUGGAUG